CCGAGGCGGGCCGCUGGGCGUGGCGGCGAGAGGAGGGACAUGGACAGGCGCGGGCGGGGCGGGAAGCCGGCCUCGAGCUCGGCCCCUCAGCCGCCGCAGACGCCGCCGCAGCCUCGGAAGGAGAGGAGGCCCAGCAUGUUCGAGAAGGAGGCAUAUGCACAGAUUUUAAGAGACAGACUGAGAGAAUCAUUUCAUGAUGUUCAGUAUGUAGAGCCUCCAUUUGAUGAAUCAAUUGCUGAUCUAGGUAAAGAAUGGAAGAGUGUCCUGGCAAAACUGAAGUUUGCUAAUUCAUAUAGAAUGGAACCAUUGAAAAAAUUCCAAGCUCAUUCAGUAGAAACUAAAGUCCAGCAGAUAUUAAAGGAGAGUCUUAAGGAUGUCAAAUAUGAUGAUAAAGUCUUCUCUCAUUUGUCACUUGAAUUAGCAGACCGCAUCUUGUCAGCAGUGAAAGAAUUUGGGUACCACCGUUACAAGUUCGUUAUAAAAGUAUUAUUUAUUCAAAAGACUGGUCAGGCAAUAAAUAUCGCCAGCAGAUGGAUCUGGGAUGUUGCAUGGGACAGCUGGGUUGGGGCAAAACAUGAAACGGAAACGUAUGUUGCCUUGGCCCUGGUGUUUGCUCUCUAUUGUGAAUAGCUCAUUACAUGUACGGGAGUGCCUUGCUUCUCAACUUUUCCAAGAUAUGUGACUUUGAAGAUUUGCCAACUUCACAGUAGCUUUGAUUAGCUAUACUUUUGCCUCCAGUUGAAGCUUCAUUGUAUUCUUGUAACAACAAACAAGGCCACGUUUUUACCUUCAUACUUACUUGUUAUAAUAUUUAUUAAAGUUCUAUUACCCCAAAGUAUAAAA